AUGUCCACCAAAUAUCCCAGUACCAUGCGAUGCAUGGAGGCUUUCGAUCAGCUAACCAUUUGCUAUUCAAUAGGAGGUCAAUUUCGCAAUUACUAUAGACAUGGCGAAUUCAAUCAAUGCCAAAAACCAUUGGAAAAGCUCAAAUUCUGUGUAGUUAACGGGAAAGAUCCUGUAAAAGUGCAAGAAUGGUACAAAAAUCAGAUUGAAUACAAUAAGACUCACAGAGGCACGUCUGAUGACAUAUGGCAAGAACGCUAA